CGUAUGCAAAGAGGUUAUUGAGGAAUCACGUGUACCCUGACAUGUUAGAGGCCAGACGUUGCAGGCAAUGACGAAGUUGUUCCUGGCUGUGCAUUGAGAAUUCAAGACUGCUCGAGCCCUGUCUUCGCUUUUAGCUGAUUUUCGCGACAAAAAGCAACGAUUUAUUGGAUUUUACCACAAAGGACAUUCGACAGAAGAUGUGUGCCCCAUCCGUGACAUAAUCUGAGGAAACCCACCGUAAAAACUUGCGUAAAAUGAAGUCAACGAUCCACUGGUUUCGGAAGGGGCUUCGGCUACACGACAACCCGAGUUUGCGAGAUGCUCUUCAAAUGCUCCAGCCUGGAGAUGUGUGGAGAUGUGUGUAUGUUUUGGACCCUUGGUUCGCUGGCAGCUCAAAUGUCGGAGUCAACAGAUGGAGAUUCCUCUUGCAGUGCCUGGAAGACCUUGAUGCCAGUCUGCGGAAGCUCAAUUCACGACUGUACGUCAUCAGAGGGCAGCCCACAGAUGUGUUUCCACGCCUCUUCAAGGAGUGGAAGGUCUCCUGUCUUUCGUUUGAAGAGGACUCGGAGCCGUUUGGUCGUGAACGAGACAUGGCCGUCAUGAAACUCGCCAAGGAGGCUGGAGUAAAGGUCAUUUUGCGGACGUCGCACACCUUGUACAAAUUACAAGACAUCAUUGAUGUGAACGGUGGGCAGCCACCGCUGACCUACAAGCGGUUCCAGGCCAUCCUAUCUAAGAUGGACCCUCCAGACCAGCCUGUAGACACCAUCACAGCAAGCACAGUGGACAAACUGACCACUCCUAUCCAAGAUGACCACGACGAAAAAUACGGAGUGCCGUCUCUUGAGGAGUUAGGUUUUGACACAGAUAACUUGAACCCUGUUGUGUGGCCGGGUGGGGAGACAGAAGCACUGACCAGACUGGAACGGCAUCUGGAGAGAAAGGCAUGGGUUGCAAGUUUUGAGAGACCGAAGAUGACAGCCUCCUCACUGUUAGCCAGCCCCACAGGACUGAGUCCAUAUCUCAGAUUCGGCUGCCUGUCUCCCAGAUUAUUCUACAAGAAGCUAACAGAGCUGUACAAGAAGGUAAAGAGAAGCAACCACCCUCCCUUGUCAUUGUACGGCCAGUUACUGUGGAGAGAGUUCUUCUACACAGCGGCUACGAACAACCCAAACUUCGACAAGAUGGUGAACAACACAAUCUGUGUGCAGAUCCCAUGGGAUAAAAACCCAGAGGCACUGGCCAAGUGGGCAGAGGGCCAGACGGGCUUCCCCUGGAUAGAUGCGAUCAUGUCGCAGCUACAGCAGGAGGGGUGGAUCCACCACUUGGCACGGCACGCUGUGGCCUGCUUCCUGACCAGAGGGGACCUGUGGAUCUCCUGGGAAGAAGGGAUGAAGGUGUUUGAGGAACUCUUGCUGGACGCUGACUGGAGCGUGAACGCCGGGAGCUGGAUGUGGCUGUCCUGCAGCUCCUUCUUCCAGCAGUUCUUCCACGUGUACUGUCCCGUCAACUUCGGCAGGCGGACCGACCCCAACGGGGACUUCAUCAGGAAAUACCUCCCCAAGCUGAGAGGGUUCCCUGCCAAGUACAUCUACGACCCGUGGAACGCUCCAGAGUCGGUGCAGAAGGCAGCUAAGUGCAUCAUCGGGAAGGACUACCCGCUGCCGAUGGUCAACCACGCAGAGACGAGCAGAAUCAACGUGGAGCGCAUGAAGCAGGUGUACCAGCAGCUAUCACGGUACAGGGGCGCAGGUACGCAAUGUCUCCUGGCCACCAUCCCCUACCCUGACGGAGGGAAUGGAAACCCGACGGGCCACAAGAAACACGCCCUGGUGCAGGGCAUGGAGAGGCCGCACGGCGAGAGAAGAGAAAGAGAACACGGACAGCCAGCUCACAUGCCUUUCUUAAAACGGCGCAGAUGGGAUAUCCGCUUUCAGGCUCCUGAGGCCAUAGACCAGUCAGAAGGCGACAUGAGCAACGUGGACUGAGCAGGGAAACACCAGGCUCACAAGGACAUGCUCACUUGCCAGGGCUAGGAACUGUACUAGCUUUUAUCUUGAAAGUUCAUCUGUGUUGGUAGAAGUCAUUAUGCAGCAAGUUUAAACUGUAAUUUCCAACACAAGAAAUUGGA